AUGAGCACAAUACCACUCUUCCUUUGCAGCCAUAUCUUCUUUCUUCUUUUCCUUAGUCUUCGAUGUUCUUCCCAAAAGACCUGCCCAAACUGUGGCUCCAUUCAAGUCCCAUAUCCUCUAAGCACAAACCCUAACUGCGGUGACCUGGAUUACUCUCUCCGUUGCGAUCCCGGCUCUCAGAAAAUUUAUUUUGACUCCCUAAAUGGAAGUUCUUAUCUUGUACUCGGCAUCAUGGCCGCAUCUCAACGGAUGGUGGUGCAACCAUCGGCGUGGCUGCCUGACAGAUGUGUUACUCAAGACAUGCUGGUGAGUGAAGGCCUCUGGUUGAACCAAUCUCUCCCUUUCAAAGUCACUUCAUCCAACACCAUCUUCCUCUUCAACUGUUCACCUCGGCUUUUUGUAUCUCCUCUCAAUUGCACUCCUUCCAGUCUCUGUCACCGUUACUUGGAGAGCUCAAAACAAGUCGAUAGUAAGCGAGCACUUCAAUGUGCAAGUGCUCUUGACCCUUGUUGCACCUUUGUUGCGGGUGGGAUGCCUUCAGCAUACAAGAUACGGCUUCACAGUUCAGGUUGUAGAGCUUUCAGAAGCAUCCUUCAUUUGGAUCCUGAGAAGCCUGCUGAUCAAUGGGAAGCAGGGUUGGAAAUUCAAUGGGCUCCCCCACCGGAACCAGCAUGUAAAACACAAGUCGAUUGCUCUGGUGCUUCCAAGUGUUUACCUGCCGGUAUAAAUGGCCGCCUCCGGUGUCUUUGCAAUAAGGGACACCUUUGGGACCAUGGUCUUGGAACUUGCUUGAGAAAGAAGAAAAACACUAAAGUUGGCCUCAGCUUAAAGGUCUCCAUAGGGGUAAUCUCUUUUUUCUCUCUAGCAGUAGCAAUAACUGCUAUCAGAGUCAAAAGAUACUGCAGACUCUCCAACCUAGAAAAGGUGGCCAAGGCAAGAGAGGAGAUGUUGAAGUCAAGUAAUGGUGGGAAAUCUGCCAGGAUGUUUCAUUUGAAAGAGAUGAAGAGAGCAACAAAUAAUUUCUCCAGAGACAGGAUUUUAGGGAGUGGUGGUUUUGGGGAAGUCUACAAAGGUGAGCUUCAAGAUGGGACCAUUGUGGCAGUCAAGUCAGCAAGAGUUGGCAACGUUAAAAGCACCCAACAAGUUCUCAAUGAAGUGGGGAUACUGUCUCAAGUCAACCACAAAAACCUAGUUAGACUGUUGGGUUGCUGCGUGGAAGGGGAGCAGCCAUUGAUGAUCUACGAGUACAUCUCAAAUGGAACCCUCUAUGACCAUUUACAUGGCAAGUUUUCCACUUUCCUGGACUGGAAAACGAGGCUGAGAAUUGCAUUACAAACUGCUGAAGCAUUGGCUUAUCUACACAAUGCUGCAUACACUCCCAUCUACCAUCGAGAUGUCAAGUCCACAAACAUACUAUUGGAUGAUGAGUUCAAUGCAAAAGUUGCAGAUUUUGGGCUCUCCAGAUUGGCUCACCCAGGGCUGAGCCAUGUAUCAACCUGUGCUCAAGGAACGUUGGGGUACUUGGAUCCAGAAUACUAUCGCAACUAUCAGUUAUCUGAUAAAAGUGAUGUUUAUAGUUAUGGGGUCGUGCUGCUUGAGCUUCUGACCUCCCAGAAGGCAAUUGAUUUUUCGCGCCAUCAAGAUGAUGUCAACCUAGCCACUUAUGUGAGCCAAAGGGUCAUCAAUGGUGCAAGCAUGGAAGUUGUGGAUCAGCGGCUUCUCGGCAAGGAGCCGUUGGGUGAUAUACUGACAAGCAUAAAGCUCUUGUUAGAGCUUGCACUUUCCUGUUUGAGAGAGAAGAAGGGGGAUAGGCCUGGAAUGAAGGGUGUUGUUCAAGAACUGCAAUGCAUAAUCCAAAUUGUUGAUCAAGAAGAGUUAAAGGUGGUGGAAAUGAUUCCAAGAGGAUGCUUAUUCUAA